AUCAUGCCACUAGAGCUAGAUGGAUCUGAUCCCGUCCGGUGGACGGAGCGCUGCUGGCGGUCACACACGGAGCACCGGGCUGCUGCUCUCCUCUCAGCUCCCGUUAACCGUUAACCGACCUCACGUCCUCACGGUGCCGUUGAUCAUGUGCUCGUGUAGAGCGCGUGCCUCUGAUUCCUAUGGCAGAUCAAUCAUAUAGAUCUAUAGAUCCGAGAGGGAAGUUUACCUCCAGCGACCUGAGGCUGAGGCGGAUCAGUGCACGGCGGGUUCCACGUUGUACGUGCUUAGCAUCGGUCUGUCCUUCUGGAAGACGGCGGGGUGGAUGUGCGGAGGCUGACUGAUCAUGACCGCAGCGGGUACUUCAAGUACAAAGUGAAGGGUUUGGUGUUAAAUUACAACUGCUGCCUGUCUGAGUGUGUCUGCUGAUUGAGGUUUCCAGCUGACCUUCUUGGACCUUAACAAGCCCGGCAUGAUACUGUGAGGCCGCUGCAUGAGGCAGCCCGGACGGACAUGAUGGAAGAGGCUGCCAGUCAGCUCGAGAGAGACCAUGUGCACAGUGUCUACGACAAGAUUGCUCCAUAUUUCAACGACAGCCGCUACAAAGCUUGGCCGAAGGUGCGACAGUUCCUGCUGGACCUGGAGCUGGGGAGCAUCGUGGCAGACAUUGGUUGUGGCAAUGGCAAGUAUCUCCACAUCAACCAGGAGGUGUUCAAGCUGGGGUGCGAUGUCUGUCGCCCCCUGGUGGACUAUGCCUGGAGCCAAGGACACGAGGUCCAGAUGUGCGACGGGCUGCAUUUGCCUUACAGAGACGGCUGCUUCGACGCUGUGCUCUCUAUUGCAGUCAUCCAUCAUUUGUCCACCAAAGAACGACGUAUUCGAGCAAUAAAGGAGAUGGCUCGCACCCUGCGAGUGGGUGGACGCAUCAUGAUCUACGUGUGGGCCAUGGAGCAGAAGCGUCGUAAAUUUGAGAAGCAGGACAUCUUCGUCCCCUGGAACCCCAACCCUCAGUCGCCCUCUCUCAGCAGAGAGAACGUCAAACCCAGGAGGAGGGCCACGGCUCAGAGCGUGAGCGAAGCCAUAGACAACGCUGACAAGCACAGGAAGGUUAGAAGCACAUCCUCCGUGGCGGACGACGAAGAGGACCUAACCUGCGCCGCGCCGCAGCAGAGCACACAGAGACUGUGGUUCUUCUCCAGGUCUCUGGAUUCCGUGUUCGACUUCGGAAGCUUAUCCAUCUCCCGGUCGUCCUCCAGAGACCUGAGCACUUUAUCUUCACCCACGGGCGAGAACGAAGGGAGCAAGGCAAGUCAGCGCGGGAGAGGACGAGGCCUCAUUAAACAGGUGUCCAGCUUCUUUUCCCCGCCGUCUGUGAUCGGAUCAGAGGAGGACGUCUUUGACUCGGUCACAGACCUGCACAAGGGACAAAAUGAUCCUGGAGGCAACAACAACAACAACGGCACAGAAAACCAGAGUGUCUCGGUAUCUCUAGCCCAGGAGUGUGGCUCCCUUGCCCUGCCAGAUCUGGUCCCUUUCCAGAAGGAGCGCCUGAAGCAGUCUGGAAGUGAAAGUGAAGGAGGGCUGCAGGGGAAAGAGCUGCGGGAAAGCACAAGGAGUCGCCAGGGGAGCGAGGGGCAGGCGGAGGGCUCCUGCCUGAGGUACUAUCACGUCUUCAGGGAGGGAGAACUGGCGGAGCUCAUCGAGAAUCACGUCGAAGAGCUUCACGUCAAACACACCUACUUCGAUCACGCCAACUGGUGUGUGGUGGCGGAGAAAGUUCAGACAUAGAAAAUCUGAUUUUAACUUGAUUUUAUUUUUUUUGCAUCAACUCUGCCUCAAGUUUUAGCACUGAAUCACGAUUAUUACAUUUGUGUGAUUGAAAAGUGAAUAAAUAUACAGAUGUAGCCAUUGUUGAAGGUACACCAAACACUAAACUACUCCAGUGCUGCAAUCCUCCACUUAACCAUUUGGAAAAUGUAAUUUAUUAUUAUUUUCUGGUUGUCCUAGAACCAGCUGUGUGACAGACCUAUCCAUGUCUAGCAUUAAAUAUUCUUUUAGAUGGUAUCACUGUAAUGGUUUUGCAGUAGAGGAUGGCGGUGCUCAACAAUGGCUAUCACUGUAUACUACACCAUGUUUUUAAGUAUUUAUUCUUUAUCAAUACGUGGAACCAACAAGCAGUAUCCAGAUGUCCAGUGUGUGUUCUCUUUUAGUAUCAGGAAUUAGUUUUUAUUAUCAAACCACAGCGAGCUCCAGUGCCGCUAAUGAUUUUAACUGUGUUUUAAAAGCCCAUUUGUGCAAGAGAGCUGUUAAAGAAAUGCACUGUUUCUCUCUUUGGACUUUUAAUAUUAGCCAAAGAGGAAUUUGUGAGAACACAGUACACUCUUCCACCUGCUCUUAAAUGUUUUAAUGCAUUGAUUACAGUGGAAAAGUCUGACUUAAUUCAUCGUGUCUGCCUGUUUUUACAUGUUCCUUAACUCUGAAUAAACUCUCUGUAAACUGCUGAUGUGUAAUCCAUUCUAACACUAUCAUAAAAAGAGCUCAAAGUUGUGCAGAAUAUCUUCCAAAACAUUUGCGCAUUAGCUCGUGACAUUUCUUCAAGUGUUUCAAAGAACGUGUUGCUGGCGUGUGCGUGCUUGAUGUUUGUAAUAGUUGUGUACUGUCUUGUGUUCUAAGUAACAAGCUGAACUACACCACUGGUGCGUUUCAGCAAAUCAACUGCCUCAUAUACUGUGAAUAAACAUUGCACUGUACCAUAAAUAUGUCGCUGCUGCUUGAUGUCAGUGAAUGACAUAAAAAUAUGGUGAAAUUGGAAGCAUACUAAUGUACCCUUUGUGCCAAGGACGGUGCAUAUCCUCAUCAGUACAGUACGUGUGGACCAACUGUGUUUGUUCUCAAGUGACACUGGUACCUUAAUGUCUUAUGUGACCUGAUGUAAAUACUUCUGAGUUUGUUUUUCCUUAUUAAAUGGUUUUGUUCAUGA